AUGUCAACCCAACGCCCCUUCUUCCUCUCCACCUUCUUCGCCGCCUUCCGCCAACCAACCCCAGCCUCUCUCUCCAGCGCGCAACAACCCAACAAACACACCACCCAAGCCUCCUCCGUCGUUGUCGCCCAACAAGUCUCCGCCUCCACCCCGCGCGCCAUCUCCUCCUCCUCCCCCUCCACAGCAGCAGCGACCGCCGCCUCCCAAGCAACCUCCCCACAGCCCCGCUCCGGAGGGGUCAUGAGCCAACUACCACUGCACUCCCCACGACACCACCACCACCAUCAUCAUCAUCAUCAUCACCAUCAUCAUCACCAUAGCGCGGGUGGCGCGAUGCCGAUACCACAGGCGCAGGGGCAGCAAAGGGAUAAUCAUGGAAGGAGGCGGGGGAGUGAUAGUAGUAGUGAAGGGUUUCGGGAUGCGUUGGGGACGGAGAAGUUGUAUAUUGGGGGGCGGACGGCGGCGGGGGAGGAGCGGUUUUUUAAGUUGGGGGUUGUGCGAAGGGUACGGAGUGGGGAUCGGUUGAGCUUGGAUCGGUUGAGUUUGUGA